UUUUUUUCCCAGCGGUGCGCAUGCGCAGAUGGAAGCGGAAGCCCAACCACGUGUGCCAGGCGGAGGGGGACUGAGCGCUGCAGCCCGCGGAAUCAUUCGCCUGAUUCAUUGGCAAAGCAGCGGGUAUGCUGCCCACCGAGCGCUCGUUCCCACAGCGAUAAGUGCCUGAAAACAUCCUCCAAAAGAGAAAUAAAAGAGAAAUCAGCGCUGCUUUUAGAUGAGUACUUCUGGCUGCGACUUCCCAGUCUGUUAUUCCUGAGAAUGGAUUUUCGAUUUAAUUUUUUUCCUGAUGAAGAUGGAAGCAAAGAGCCCAACGCUCACAAUGAGACAGAGCCCUGUUCUCCAACACAUGAGCACCAAGAGAUGAGGCUGCCCGAGAAAAAAGCCUGCAUCAAAGCUGCCAAGGAGCACUAUAUCCCUGCAGAUGUCAGUAAGGUACUGGAAAAUAAAGUCCUGGAAACAGUAUCAGGACUGUACUAUGUAAAUACGUCUGUUGUGGAAUUGACAUGCCAAGAUGGCAGGCACGAAGAAGAUAUUGUGUCAAAAAGUGUUUCUUCUCACUCUGAUCUCAUCCCAGGAGUCUAUGAGGGAGGACUGAAAAUCUGGGAGUGCACCUACGAUCUGAUGGAUUUCCUUUCUGAAAUUAAAAUCCAGUUUGCCAACAAGACAGUGCUGGACCUUGGGUGCGGGGCUGGACUGCUGGGAAUAGUUGCCUUAAGGGGAAAUGCUGAGAAAGUCCACUUUCAGGACUACAACAGCACGGUGAUUGAGGAAAUAACCAUGCCUAACGUGGUGGCUAACUGUAUAAAUGAUGGCAAUAAGGCAGACAGUGAAGAUAACAGAAAGAAUAUUAAACCUCCUUCAAAGAGGCGCAAGAAAUCAGAGUGCCUACCUGACAAGCUCACCAAGUGCAGGUUUUUCUCUGGAGGGUGGUCUGAAAUCAGCCAGCUCCUGUUAAGCAGCAGCAAGCCCUGUUCAAAAUAUGAUCUAAUUCUCACAUCUGAGACCAUCUAUAACCCCGACUAUUACAGUGCUUUGCAUGAUACGCUGGCUCAGCUAUUGGCUAAAAAUGGCCGUGUGUAUUUGGCAAGCAAAGUGCAUUAUUUUGGGGUCGGUGGGGGUACCUACCUCUUUGAAAAAUUCCUUGAGGAGAGGAAGGUGUUUAGGAGCAGCAUAGUGAAAGAAGUUGAGGAAGGGCUAAAGCGCUUUAUUUUGGAAAUAGCCUUUAAAGAUUCCACUUAACAUAAUUCCAGCAGUGCUCCAAAAUUAUCUUGAUACAGACAAAC